AACUUACAUCCGUAAUUAGCUACAAAAGGAGAGCUUGCUCAGAUUUUCUCCACUGAAUAUGAAAAGUGCAGUGCAUCAAGCUGAUUAGACCUGACAGCUGGCUUGAUCUUGUCAUGAUUAGGUCUUUCACUGCUGGCAAAAUCCACUAGCCUUUUCUGUUCACUGAUUGCUGAUGAAUGCAGAAAGACAGCUUUCCAUAUUGAUAAAUGAUGAGGGAGGAGGGAUGAUGGAGACUUCUCCAUGUGAUAGGAAAAGAUACAAAGUUUACCUGAUAUUGAUUAAUUCUUUCACAAAUUAAGGAUUAGGGAUUAUCUCAUUUAAGGUUGGCGAAAGGGCUACAGUAUUUGCCUGCGUGGUUUGUAGACAACAAUCAGCACAGUUAUAAUUUGGAAGACUGGGGGGAAAUGGAGCUGAACCAUAUUGAAACAAUGCAAGAGUUUACAGAUGAUGGGCAUUGCCACAGGAUAAAAGUAUGGUCUUUUGCAGUUACAUGGGAAAGUUGGCAGCAGGUCGGGAAUCCACGUGUUGAACUCACACUUUCAGAACUUCAAGAUAUGGCUGCCAGGCAACAGCAACAAAUUGAAAAUCAGCAGCAAAUGUUGGUUGCCAAGGAACAACGUUUACGUUAUCUCAAGCAACAAGAACGCCGUCAGCAGCAGUCUGUGUCUGAGAGUGAAAAACUUCAGAAACUUAAAGAGCGAGUGGAGACUCAGGAGGCAAAGCUGAAAAAAAUACGUGCCAUGAGAGGGCAGGUGGAUUACAGCAAGAUUAUGAACGGCAAUUUGUCUACUGAAAUUGAACACAUCAGUGCCAUGUUCCAGGAAAAACAACAAGAACUCCAAGCUGCAGUAUUAAAAGUGGAUCAGCUUACUCAGCAGCUUGAGGACCUGAGGAAGGGGAAGUUGAAUGGUUUCCAGUCUUACAAUGGGCAGAUGACUGGGCCUGCAGCUGUAGAAUUAAAAAAAUUGUACCAAGAGUUGCAGAUUCGUAACAGGCUUAACCAGGAGCAGAACACCAAGCUUCAGCAACAGAAAGAGUUGUUGAACAAGCGUAACAUGGAAGUAGCCAUGAUGGAUAAGCGUAUCAAUGAGCUACGUGAACGCCUGUACAAGAAAAAAGUUGAGGCACGUCAAAAAGAAAACAUCCCUUUAAAUCGAAUAAAUGGAACAUCUUCACCUCAGUCAUCAAUGAAUGCUUCAGGCAGAGUUGCAGCUGUAGGCCCCUACAUUCAAGUUCCUAGUUCCAGCAGUUACAGUGUGCCAGUUGAUCCAGUGAAACCACAGUCUCUCACCAUUACAACCAGUGCAACUCAUGGAAGAUCUAAAUCUGAUACAGACUAUGGGUGUUUGAAAAAAUCUCCAGCUCCCUGGAAGAUUUCUGAUUUAGACAUUAUAGUGGAUCCUAUUCUGUCACCUCCCUCUCUCCAAUCUGCUGCUCACAAUAUCAUCCAUUCAGCAUCUACUCUUUCUGAGAUCCUGAACUAUGAUGGUAAAAGAAGGUCAUGGACAGUAUCAGAUCUCGAUGUUGGACUUGAACGCAGCUCUUCAUGGCAUUCAGGAAACAAAAAACAGUUUCUGAACUCUAAUGAUGGAACCUGGCCAGCACUUAAGCAGAGCUCUUCUGUGAUAAAGCCACCACAAAUCUCCAAUGCAGACUGGAAGGAAUCAAACAUGGAUGCUGCUUUGAAGCAAGGGACUAUAUCUAGUCAGCCACUGUCGUCUUCAGCAUUAGGAAGCACUGAUAAGAUGGGUCUUGAUAUGGGGAAAGUACCACCAACCAUCUCUGGAGUAAGUAAGCAGUUGCCUCAAAAUUAUGGGACCUAUCCAAGCGCUGUUCCUUUAGGAACAAGUUCUACCAAUUCUCUGGAAAGACGAAAGGAUGGUAGCCUGCCAAGACCUGGCUCCACUGCAGCAAACCGGCAAAGACCUGUGCCAUUACCUCCAGCAAGCAGCAUUCAUCAGCCUAGUUCCUCACAACAAAUACAACAGAGAAUAUCUGUGCCUCCAAGUCCCACAUAUCAGCCUUCUGGUGCUCCAUUAUUUCCAGGAGGAGAUGGCAGACCUGAUCUCCCUUUAACUGUGGCCAUCAGGCCUUUUCUUGCAGAUAAAAGCUCAAGGCCCCAAUCUCCUAGGAAAGGGCCCCAAACGGUGAACUCCAGUUCCAUCUAUUCAGUGUAUCUUCAGCAAGCGACACCACCAAAGAACUACCAACAAGCUGUGUACAAUACUCUAAAUAAGUCCGUUAAAGCAGUUUAUGGGAAGCCAGUUGUACAGUCUGGUUCAACUUCUCCUUCUCCAUUGCCCUUCCUUCAUGGAUCUUCUCCUGUCAACACAUCACAGCCUCCGCCUCUGGGCGAUUAUAAUGAGAAAGACCAAGAGCUGGAAAACACUCCACCUGCUGGUGAUAAUAGCAAUGUGGAAAACAUCCCUCGUCCUCUCAGUCCCACCAAGCUCACUCCUAUCGUCCACUCGCCCCUUCGCUACCAAAGCGACGCUGAUCUGGAAGCUCUUCGCAGGAAACUUGCCAAUGCUCCCAGGCCCUUGAAGAAGAGAAGUUCUAUCACUGAACCAGAAGGCCCCAGUGGUCCAAACAUUCAGAAGCUAUUAUAUCAGCGCUUUAAUACCCUGGCAGGAGGAAUAGAAGGUGCUCCUUUCUAUCAGCCAGGAAACUCACAAGACUUUAUAGGCACCUUGGCAGAUGUUGACAAUGGGAACACAAACACCAAUGGCAAUAUUGAGGAGCCAAUUUCAGUGCCCCCAACAGCUCCUCUACCUGAUGAGCCUUCAUCAGAUGCUAACGAUAAUGAAUUACCGUCUCCUGAAACUGAAGAGCUGAUCAGUGUAGAAACUACAAAUCAAACAUCUGAAAUAACUGAGGAUGAUAACAACAACAACAACCCUGCAGUUGUCCCUUCUAUUGAGCGGCCACCAAGUCCAACACCUGAGGCCAAUUCUCCAGAAGAAGAAGAGGGGGAAGAGGAAGAGGAGAUCCAGCUGCCUCCUGAUCUUCCUCCUCCACCUCCUCCUCCACUUCUUGUGACCAAGAGAACCAACUUGAAGAAACCCAACUCGGAAAGAACUGGUCAUAGCUUGAGGGUCAAGUUCAAUCCCUUAGCCCUGUUGCUGGAUGCCUCACUGGAGGGAGAAUUUGAUUUGGUGCAGCGGAUCAUAUAUGAGGUUGAUGACCCCAGCAAACCUAAUGAUGAAGGAAUCACCCCUCUGCAUAAUGCAGUGUGUGCUGGCCAUCACCAUAUUGUCAAGUUCCUACUGGAUUUUGGUGUCAAUGUGAAUGCAGCAGAUAGUGACGGAUGGACUCCUUUGCACUGUGCUGCCUCUUGUAAUAGUGUUCACCUUUGUAAGCUUCUAGUUGAAUCUGGAGCAGCAAUUUUUGCUUCAACCAUAAGUGACAUAGAAACUGCAGCAGAUAAGUGUGAGGAGAUGGAAGAAGGUUAUAUUCAGUGUUCUCAGUUCCUAUAUGGUGUACAGGAGAAGCUGGGGGUCAUGAACAAAGGUGUAGUGUAUGCACUCUGGGAUUACGAAGCUCAAAACAAUGAUGAGUUGUCAUUUCAUGAAGGCGAUGCAAUUACCAUUCUGAGGCGCAAAGAUGAUAAUGAGACAGAUUGGUGGUGGGCCCGUCUCAAUGACAGGGAAGGCUAUGUGCCUAAAAAUCUCUUGGGGUUAUACCCAAGGAUAAAACCUAGGCAAAGAACUCUUGCCUGAAUCCCAUCAUUUGGCAAUAAAGUAUCUUGCUGGUAACUGGAAGAUGAAAAUAUACACUGGAAACAUUUUCAAGUACAUUUCACCAGACGUUAAGCUAUACUUGUUUUUAAAUGGUGCUCUUGUUUAAUAUAACAGACAGCGUUUGAGAUUUUCAAUCUGCAAUUCAUAAGUGAGGUCUGCUCCAUGUUAACUCGCCUGGUCUCUGGGUGAAGUACUCAAACACAGCCUACAGUAUUUUCUGCCAUCUGAACUUGUGCUACAUGUUAAAACCUUUGCAAAACGCAGAUAUGCUAUAUCUGAUCAGUUGUAGUCCACAGUAACUGUCCUGACAUGUCAAGAUGUUUAUUAUUAAAAUUGUCAACUGAGUGUUGCGUUUGCUGUGUAAAUCCUUAGAAGAUCUCAGAACGAGUUGACAUUUUGGAGUACCAACAGUUUUCUGGAAUGGAAGGUGUUACUGAUAAUGACAAGAAAAGCAUCAAGGAUGAAUGGGUUUUGCACACCUCCCAAAACUGCACUUGUUCCUUCACUUGAUGUUUUUUCUUGAUAUUCUGCUUACAGCACCAGUUAGCUUCCCUGUAUUCCAUUACACUUUUUCAUACACACACCCCGAAUUCCAUCUUCUGGAGAAACCUGCAUUCAGAUUUAAGGGAUCUGUAUGUCUAUAUGGAAGAAAAGUGCAAUAGUUGAGAAGGGUAAGAGUCAGGUUAUAAAAAAGCUAAGGGGGUCCACUUUGAGGACCUUGAAAUCUUAUCUGUGAAAGUAGUUGGGUGACUGAAGGACUGAUUAAAAAGGCUGAAUUGGUUACGUAGAGUGAAGGAGAGAAAGAAAAGACUUAUGGCAAAGAUGAUCUGCUGUUUGGGUUGGGAGAACGUCUGUGGUUCUGGGCAGCCCUGUGUCUUGUGCCAGGGUAAGUUAUGCAAUAACUUGAUCCACUACAGUAUCUAGUUUCAAGCAAAAAAAGAAGAAGCACUUCAUUGGAAUAGAAAUUGUACAUGAUUUUAUACACAGAAGUCUAUUUUGAAUUCCCCAUUAUGUUGUAGCCAUACUUGUUUUAUAAUUUCCUCCCUGUAAACUGUAGGCCAAUUGCCAUUAUUCAUGUACACAUUGUGCAUAAUUUAUAUCCAUUGAUGCAGUGCUGUAAUUUGCUUUUACCACUGUUUAGCAUUAAUUGUAUAUAUUGUGGUGAUAAGAAGUGAAAGGGUAAUGUAAAAGAAUAUUUGCUAAAUGAAUGUGAGUGAAAAGCCUACGAUACACUGCUGAUCCAGUGUGCACAAUAAACUACUGCUAAGAUA